AUAGAGAUCGUCAGAUACAAUUGUUAGCUCAUCAAGUGCGGAAAGCAAAGAGAAUCACAAUAAAGAACGUCAUUCAAGAUAAACACUAAUAUUAUAUACACCCUAAUACUUCUUAAAAAAGAGAGAGAGAGAAUUUAUACCAUUUACUACUAUUUAUUUAGUCCUCAACUCCUGCAACAGGUAAUGUUUCAUUAUAUGGGAAGCUGAUAUUAUUGCUUCUGUUGCAAUAUAAGAAUCUUAAUAUGCUAAAGCUAAACUAUCUGGAAAAUUAUAUAGUUAAAGAAAGGACAUGCCACUUUACUUCUCAACGACAAAAUUAUAUGGUACUAAGCAAUUGAAAGGACAAAAUAUACAUCCCAACAUGGUUAUGCCAUUUAGGAGCUUAAGAAGAUAUUGACUAGUUGUUUGAGGAAAUUGUGCCUCCAGUGAACAUCUUGGUGCUCAAACAAGGAAAAAAUCAAAGAACUUUUGAAUUGAAUGCAUUCUAAAGAAGUAUUAGCCCAUGUUUUUGUAGUCAAUAGCUGAGAGAUGGGAAAAACACAUAUAAGAAGAACGUGGGAAAUUAGGCUCCAAAACUUGUGCACCAGUCCAGUAUUUCCUGAGUCUAGCUGUUAAAAGUACAUGGCUCCUGGACCAAAUGACAGGCUUGAAAAAGCCACUUCCUCAGCUAGUGUACUUGAUGAAGAGCACCAAGCUGUUGAAAGGACCAAUAGCGAAAAUAAAUCAACAAGACACCCUCGGUGGACCAAGCAAGAAACACUAAUCCUCAUUGAAGGGAAAAAUAUUGCAGAGAGUCAAGGAAGGAAGGGCCGCAGAUCCAGCUCCAUCUUUGUUACGGGUCAGCAUGAACCCAAAUGGGACUCUGUCUCAUCGUACUGCAGAUUGCAUGGGGUGAACAGAGGGCCGGUCCAGUGCCGAAAGCGAUGGAGUAAUCUUGUUAGCGACUUCAAGAAAAUAAGAACAUGGGAGUCACAGGUAAAAGAAGAAGGUGAAUCGUUUUGGAUGAUGAGAAAUGAUUUGAGGCGGGAGAAAAAACUUCCAGGUCACUUUGAUAGAGAAGUCCAUGCUGUCCUCAAUGGAAACUCCUAUCAAGCUGUAAUGGGAAUGAGUGUAGAUGGAAGAGAGGCUGUUGGGACAUGUGUAGCAGAUACUGAGGAUGACGAUGAGGAGGAUGUUAACAGGGGGAUAGAAACGGGGGUAGUCUUUGAUAGUGGUACUCAUGCCAGACCAGAAACUCUAAUUUCACAUCUUGAGAAGUGCGCUCAGGGGAAAAUUUUCAGGGGUCCAAACGUACAAGUUGCAAGAGAAAGUCCAAGAAGCAAUUCCCCUGCUCCAAUGCCUCUAUCAGGUUUGAUACAUGCUCAAGUAUCCUUUCAUCCAAGACUUCAGCAAGCAACCAACUUGGUUGAUUGUUCAAAACUGCCGCCCACUUCCUUUUAUUUAUUAUUCUACACCUUCAAAAGAUAUACAGUAUAGGUUUGGUUAGCUCAUUCAACUAUAUAUGUCACUGUUAGACUUAUCUUUCUCUAGAGGAUGCUUAUAAAGUUAAAAUCUGAUCUGCAAAUUGAAUCUCUCCGAGUAAAUCUUCUGUUUUGCUUUCAAUCACUGAGUGAGUCUUACACGAAAAUAGUUCUUUUCCCUUGAAACUGUUAUGCUAACAAUUGCCUCUUAAAGCAGAGAAGCAUUGUCAACACUUUCAUCAGCCAUACUCCAACCAAGGUAAACCUAGAUAUCUUCAUCCCAUUAUGUCAUUUAUUAUUAACCACACAGAAGAGGGAUGACAUGCUAUUAUUUCUCCAUAUUCAAAAAAUUCAUGCUGUCACUAUGAACUCGUAAUAUUAGUCAGAAUUUGUAUAUCUAGUCUAGUUAAUCAAUGAUGAAAAUUUUUCAGUUGCCUAGCAUUUGUUUAACUAGCUUGUGACCCUUAGGUCCAGCAAAAGGAAAACAGCCAGGCCCACAUUUCUGGACAAGAAGAGUCUCUCAGGAGGAUGUGAAGAGAAGAAG